AGUUCACACACGGAGCUCAGUCAGCAUUUGACUCAGCGGUGGCGUCAGGGGACCCACGGUUUCCACUUGUCAGCUACUCCCCGAUACCGAUACCGAAAUCAAGUGCAUCCCCUCCGCUACAGACAUGUCGAAGUUGGAUCAGAUCCUCGUUCUUGACCCUCCCUCCGACCUCAGAUUUAAAGGUCCUUUUACAGACGUCAUAACAACCAACCUCAAACUGAAGAAUCCCUCUGACAGAAGAGUAUGUUUUAAGGUUAAGACGACUGCGCCACGCAGGUACUGUGUGCGACCAAACAGCGGCGUCAUUGAUCCCGGAGCAACUGUUAACAUCUCUGUCAUGCUGCAGCCCUUUGACUAUGACCCCAACGAGAAAAGUAAACAUAAAUUUAUGGUGCAGACGAUUUUUGCUCCACCAAAUGUUUCUGACAUGGAUGCUUUGUGGAAAGAUGCAAAACCUGAUGAUCUCAUGGAUUCCAAGCUGAGAUGUGUCUUCGAGCUGCCUUCUGAAAAUGAUAAAGUGAGUGACGUCGAGGCGACUAAAGUGGCUCCGGUGAUGAACUCUGCAAAGGCCGAUCCCACAGCGGCCACAGUGACCGGUGCUGGCGCUGCCCAGCAGGACGACACAGAGAUGAAGAAAGUGCAGGACAAGUGCAAGAGGCUGCAGUCUGAGAUGAGCAAGCUGGUCGAGGAGAACCGACAACUAAAGGACGACGGGAUUAGAAUGAGAAAGGCUCCGCGCUCAGACCACAUGACGACUAACUCCACCAGCCUCCUCGGCCGAGAAGCCACCACCGCGUCCCUGCCCUCCCUCCUCGUUGUCAUAGCAGCCAUCUUCAUCGGGUUCUUCUUAGGGAAGUUCAUCUUGUAGACUGGGAGACGCAUGCCAGUCGUAUCACCUCACCCACCCACCCACCCAUCCACUCAACCACCCACCCCCGGCUCCGGAAUCCAAAAAUAACCCAAGAAGUCUUUCUGUUGACUUUGCCAUAUCAUUGGUAGUGUGGGCAGUGAACACAUCGUACAGCAUCAUUUGAAGGCGUUGUCUUUUUACAAAUCUCUCACACGGUUAGUGUACACACACACACACACACACACACACACACACACACACACACACACACACACACACACACACACACACACACACACACACACACACACACACAGUUGAGAAAAAAAAAGGCAACAAAAACUUUUUUUUUUUCAAGUUUUUUUUGAAGGCUGGAAUAAAGAGGUGAUGUGGUGGGACAUCAAAGAUAGAUGUAUAAUAUCAGUCAACAUGGAAAAUGCACCUAGACUACAUGCACUACCAAGAACAGUCAAAAGAUUGGAUUAUUGUUUUCUUCAUUUCGCUCUGUUUUUAAUAGGAUUUGAAUGGAAUGUUAGGUGUCUUGUAAAUGUUGUUUUAAAAAUCCUUUUAAACAAAAAAGAAAAGGAAAGAACUUCCAUCACAAUGACCUUGCUACCUGUUGCUGGAUCGCCUCCAAAGUCACAUGGUUUCUGUUUGUAAUUUCUACUUCUGGUCUUGGAAUGUUCAGGUCCAGCUUGGAUCUAGGUGCCUCCUAAUACAGUUCUGUCCUUUUUCCGCACAACACCGAUGCAGACUUUAUAUUAUUACCAUUGUUGUUAUUAUUAUUAUUAUUAUUAUAUAAAGAUAUAUUCCUUCAAAGGCAAAUAUUGACUGAAAAAAGGUCUCAUUCUUAAAAUCCUGUUCAUGGUAUUAAGCAUUGAAGAAAUAAAAAUGAAAAAAUGUGCUUUUGA